AUGUCCUACUCCGCCGCCGCCAUCCGCCGCUCCCACACCUACGUCUCCCUCGGGCAAGACUAUCUUCGAGCGCAAGUAGGCCACAGAUUCCGCAUGGCCCGCCACAUCUCCGCCAUGGUUGAGCUGCUCCAAGGCACGGGCGACUGCCCACAAUCAUUACUUGAUCUGCUCAAAAACGAGAAGAGACGCGUUAUUGUGGGGUAUCGCGAGGUUCGGGCAGGCGUGAGGAGGAUCGGUGACGCCAUGGCAAUGUGGGGCCCGGAGGAAGAGGAUUAUGAAGAGGAGGAGGAGGAGGAGAGUGUUCCUGAGGAUGGGAGCCGUGGGCCUGGGAGCGUAUUUUCACAAGCGCUGGGGUGGUGGACGAUUGAUUUUUUGUAUUCCGAUAGUGACACGGAGUGA